AGAAAACUACACUGUCUGUUGUGAACCCGUCUGUUUCGAACGAGCAAAGAUGAUCAAUGAGUCGCUCGACACGACCGUUCAGCCAUGCGAUGAUUUCUACGCGUACGCCUGCGGCGGGUGGAAUAAGAGCCACGAAAUACCAGAUGACAAAUCGAGUACUGGGAACUUCUACUUGCUCCGGGACGAGCUGCAAGAAACUCUGAAAAGCAUAUUCGGAAACAUGACACUCGUAGAGGAGAAGCAAAAUAUAACGGACAAGGUCGCUGCUGCCUACAAUGCCUGUGUCGACGUUCCAGAAAAGCAAAAUCAAAUUGAAGCUCUGUACAAAAUUAUGAAUGAUUCAGGCUUUGGUCAGUGGCCAAUCAAUCCUGAAGACGAGAAAACAACUCUCGCUAUAGGAAACUGCACUGAAUUGCUUAAAAACAUUCCCAUCUAUACCUUGAUGACAAUCUACCUUGACAGAGAUGUCAAGAAGCUUACGUCUUACGUGCUUCAGAUAGACCAAUUAUAUUUUGAGACGGUUGGUAGGAACCAGCUUAUUAAUCCAAACGCAACAAAAAAUGUGCCAAUAAUCACCGCUUACAAAAAGGUUGUUAAGACUGGCGCUGGGACUUAUGAAGCCAAAUUUCAGUGAAGAGCAACUAUCUCGGAUGACUGACGCGCUCGUAGAUUUUGAAGGACAGUUGGCCAACUUGACGACACCCCCGGAAGAAAGGCGCAACAUUCUGGAUAUAUAUAACAGAACUACUAUCGGCGAAUUAGAAAAGAAUUUCACUCAGAUUCCUUUGCUGCAUAUGCUUAAUAGACAGUUUUCCCUGGUGAACAUUACGUUAACAGAAAACGAGACAGUAGAACACUACGCUAUGGAGUACUACAGCAAAUUAGACGAAUUUCUUCAAUGCGUUGACUGCAACACCCUAUUCAACUUCAUGGGAUUGCGAGAGAUUCUCAAAUGGGCUGCGGGCGCAUCGGACCAAUACCGCAAUGCUUCAUUUGAACUGGACAAAGCAUCUUUGGGAAUCCGAGUGGAGAAGGCCAGAUGGAAAACGUGUGUCUACACAAUGAACCGAAUCAUGCCAGAGAUCGUCGGCUACCUCUACGUCCUUCAAAAGUUCAGCGAGGAAGCCAAGAAAGAGGUCGAAGACCUUGUCAGCAGGAUCAUGACCGCAUUCAACGAAACAAUCCAAAACAAUGAGUGGAUGGACAAUGAAACUAAAUCUGCUGCACAAAACAAGUUGGCAAAAAUGGUUUCGAAAAUUGGAUACCCAAGCUGGCUACUCAACGUAACAUAUCUUGAGCAGCUAUACAGACACGUACCAAACCUGAAUCUCAGCAGUUCCUUUUUGGAGAUGUCUUACUACAUUGAUAAAAACAACUGGAUGCGAGAACUGCUGCAUUUAGGACAGCCGUAUGACAAGGAAUCAGUCUGGUACACAGGCCCCGCAGUUGUUAACGCUUUCUACAAUCCAGCUGCAAACGAAAUGCUGUAUCCCUCGGGUGUACUUCAAGGUGUGUUCUAUCAAUAUGGUCUUCCACGUUCUCUCAGCUUUGGAGCUAUCGGGAUGGUAGUCGGACACGAAAUGACACACGGCUUUGACGACCAAGGAAGCCAGUAUGAUGCCGAAGGCGCACUGAAGCAAUGGUGGACCAACGAAACACGUGCUAAAUUUAAUGAAAAGGCUCAGUGCUUCAUUUAUCAGUAUGGAAACAUCACUGACGAAGAGGCGAACAUGACGCUCAAUGGGAAAAAUACUGUCGGUGAAAACAUUGCCGACAAUGGCGGUAUUCGAAUGGCCUACAAGGCUUAUGAAAGUUUGCUGCAAGACGAAUGUCAUGGUGUGGACACUCGCCUACCUGGCCUGACACACCUAUCUGGAAAACAGCUAUUCUUCAUCGCGGAAGCAAUGGUAUGGUGCAGUCGAUAUCGCAAAGAGAAGCGGCAGGUUCAAAUUCAGUAUGACACACACAGUCCCGAAAAUUACAGAGUAAACAUGCCUAUGCGAAACAUGGAAGAAUUUUCCACCGUAUUCAAGUGUGGAAAUGAUUCGAAGAUGAAUCCAAAGGAACGGUGCAAAUUAUGGUGAUUGUGCUGGUACAAGAGACUAACAGCAACAAAGAAAAAUAGAGGUCGAGAUUACAAGUGACAUUACACGGGUUAAACAACUCACAUUUGGGCUAAAUGAUCAACUUGCCAAAUAAAAGAUUUCUUGACUU